CGCCAUGUCAGGCCGGAUAACGGCUUCGCGUCUGACCGCCAGAGCCUUUGCACGAAAGCCACUACUCGUGGAUGGCGCCCGCUACAAUCACCUCCGUGCUAGUGACCGGCCACGACGACAACCUCGGCCACACUCGGUACCGAGUUGAGACCCUUCUCGAUCGCGGCAGCCCUUCCGUAGUAGUGUCGCGCCGCUUCUCGGCGUGGCUCUUUCUGCACCGAUCUCUCGCAUUGCCGGGCCUCGGGUUCCCCGACAGGAAGCGCCUCUUUCACGGCGAGCGCAUCAAGCAGAAGCGCGCCGCACUCCUGCAGGGCUACCUCCGCCAAGCCCUCAUAAUCAGCCGCGAUCACAGCCAGCUCUACUCCUUUCUCGGCGUGGACGCGAGCGCAGUCGAGACGCCGCCCGCCGAUGAGACGGUCAGACCCACUGCCGAGACCGAGGCGACCGAGGCGGAGGCCAGCGCGCCAUGCUGUGCACGCAAACUGCUUGCGCCCAUUGCGCUGCCGUCCGCGCCGCCCGUACCGCCGCCCGCGCCGCCACCAGCGCCGCCACCCGCGCCCGCCAUCUCCGGCCUCGACCUGCUCGAGGCGUUCAGUACGCAGCAGUACAGUGUGCGCGCGGCGCGUUACAAGGAGUACGUCCUCGCCGCGCUGCAGGCGGCCGAGGUGUCUGGUGACGCCGCCGCCUUCCAGGCGCAGCUGCGCCUCGCCUUGCAGUCGGCCGGCUGCGCCGUCGACGACGACCUCGGCGGCGGCAGGACGCUGCUGCGCCACGUGUGCGACGGACGGCCGACGGCCAGACAGGCGCUGUGGGCGGCGGCGCUGCUGCGCCUCGGCGCUUCCCUCCGGAAGGCAGACGACGAGGGGUUCACCCCUCUAGCAGCGGCGAGCUUGGCAGGCAACGCGGUGCUUGGCGGGGUGGCGACGACGCCGACCAAGCGGCCGAGCUUCAAGCGGCGCGAGAGCUGGCUCGCAUCGCCGGCAGAGGGAGGCGGUACCGCAGUCACCACACCUCAGUCGACGCCGCGGAAGCCGCCGGCCGCCAAGCGACGUGAGAGCUGGCUAUCCCCAGUGGCGGGGUCCAAGGCGUACCACUUCCGCGUGUGCGUCUCUUUUCCUAAACGCUAA